AUGGCCUUGCGCUUGUGGUGGCGGUGCGGCGCUUCCUGCUGCCGGGCACCGCCGCUCGACCCCGCGCCGCCUCUCCUCCCGCCGGGUCCCGGCCCGCGCGGACCGCCGCCCGCCCUGCGCGCCGCGAUGUGUCACUUUCCCCAAAGAAGCCCAGUAUGGUCAUUUCCAAAACUGUGUAGUAUAUCUUGGCGGUUUUAUCAUACAAGUACAGCCCACAUGUGCAGCUGCAGUAAGACAGUUAGUGAUGAAAAAUACCAAGACCCUUUUCAACUUGGCAGAAAAGACUUGAAGAAUCUCUAUGAGGAUAUUAAAAAGGAGUUACUUGUAUCUACUGCUGAACUUAAGGAAAUGUGUGAAUAUUACUUUGAUGGGAAAGGAAAGGCCUUUCGACCAAUGAUCGUGGUGCUAAUGGCAAGGGCUUGCAACAUUCACCAUAGCAAUUCCAGGGAGGUGCAAGCAAGCCAGCGCUCCGUGGCCAUAAUUGCAGAGAUGAUCCACACAGCUAGCCUCGUUCAUGAUGAUGUCAUUGAUGAUGCAAAUUCUCGCAGAGGAAAAAUGACAGUCAACCAGAUCUGGGGAGAGAGGAAGGCAGUUCUAGCUGGUGAUUUCAUCCUAUCAGCUGCUUCCUUAGCUUUAGCACGAAUUGGAAACACUACUAUCGUCUCUGUUCUAACUCAGGUGAUUGAAGAUCUGGUGCGUGGUGAAUUCCUCCAGUUGGGUUCCAAGGAAAAUGAGAAUGAGAGAUUUGCUCACUACCUCGAGAAGACUUUUAAGAAGACGGCGAGUCUGAUAGCAAACAGUUGUAAAGCAGUUUCAAUUCUAGGCUGCCCCGAUCCCAAAGUUCACGAGAUCGCAUACCAGUAUGGAAAAAACGUUGGCAUUGCUUUUCAGCUAAUAGAUGAUGUGCUGGAUUUUACAUCAUGUGCUGACCAUCUUGGGAAACCAGCAGCAGCAGAUCUCAAGCUUGGGUUAGCCACAGGCCCUGUCUUGUUUGCUUGUCGACAGUUUCCAGAAAUGAAUGCCAUGAUAAUGAGACGAUUCAGUAAGCCAGGAGAUGUCGAACGUGCUCGGAAGUACGUGUUGCAGAGUGACGGUGUGCAGCAAACAACCUACCUCGCCCAGCGCUACUGCCACGAAGCUACGAGAGAGAUCAGCAAACUGCGCCCAUCCCCUGAAAGAGAAGCCCUCAUUCAACUGACAGAAAUGGUACUCAUGCGAGACAAGUGAGAGAACUCCUUCCACUCGUUCUGGCAGCUACUUACCAGACUGUGCCUACAUUUCCUUCAAGUUAUUUGCUUCCAACACAGGCUACCAAAAAUUAUUUUUUUAAGAAACUUCUGUUUUUUGUUUUUUUUUUCUGGGGGGGUGGGGGAGCUCUACUUUUUUUUUCCAUAAAAAUAAAAAUGGAAGUGUUUUAUUGUAGGAAGCCAUACGGUUCAGAGCAAAUCAGAUCGUGCUGUACAAUUGUUUUAGUGGGGGCUAUUAAUUGUGGGGCAGGGGAAGAUGUUUACAUGUUGAUGCACAAAGGCCACAAUGAAAAUAAAUAUAAAUCAGUGUAUGAAAA